ACUCUCUCCCACACAAGUUACUAUUUCGAUUUUCGACAUCUAAAGCUCAUAAACAACGCUACUAUUUCGAUAAUUGCGAUCAAUCACUGAAUCAUCUGGCUUUCUCUCUGUGUUCUUGUUCUAUUUUGACAAUUUUUCGUUUCAAUACUCUUGGUGUGAUCUACCUUAGGUUUUUCUUUACAAUCGCUGAUCCAAUUAUUUCUUUUGCAGGAAUUUUUCUUUUGGAUCUCUUUGUUUUGCAGUAUCUUUUCUUUUCCGUUCAGGUCCUCUUGCUUUAUGCUAUAUUUUCCCUUCUUUGGCCAACGCCAUGGAUGCGGGAUCUUUCACAUAUUUCAACAAGAGCCAAUCUCGAAACCCUCUUCAAGAACAGAUCAUCCGGAGAAGAAGCUCCCAUGAAAAUUUGGACAGAUUCAUUCCAAACCGUUCGGCGAUGGAUUUCGACUUUGCUCGUUACAUGUUGACGGAUGGAAGAGUGGAGAAAGAAGAGACGGGAGUGAUAUCUCCAUCAAGAGAAGCUUAUAGGAAGGGAUUAAAGGAGAUCUUCAAUAUGAAUAGAACUCGGAUCCUUGCGUUCAAGAACAAACCACCUUCCCCAGUUAAAGGGCUUUUAUCAGAAUCCAUCUCAUUUGGUCAACAAUCGAAACCUGUAAAGGCGAGGAGACAUAUUUCCCAAUCUUCAGAGAGAAUAUUAGAUGCCCCUGAUCUUUUAGAUGAUUACUACUUGAAUUUGCUUGACUGGGGUAGUGGCAAUGUUCUAGCGAUUGCCCUUGGGAACACUGUCUACUUGUGGGAUGCUUCUGAUGGAUCUACUUCUGAACUUUUGACUAUUGAUGAUGAGAAUGGUCCUGUCACCAGUGUCCGUUGGGCUCCCGAUGGAAGACACAUUGCUGUUGGCUUGAACAAUUCUGACAUCCAGUUAUGGGAUUCCUCCUCCAAUCGACAGCUGAGAACGUUGCAAGGGCACCAGUCUCGUGUGGGAUCUCUUGAUUGGAACAACCACAUUCUGACCACCGGAGGAAUGGAUGGUCUUAUCAUCAACAAUGAUGUACGAGUAAGGAAUCACAUUGUUGAAACCUACAGGGGACACCACCAGGAGGUCUGCGGGUUAAAAUGGUCAGCUUCUGGGCAGCAACUUGCCAGUGGAGGGAAUGACAAUCUUCUGCACAUAUGGGACCGGGGAAUGGCCUCUUCAAAUUCUCCAACUCAAUGGCUUCACAGGUUGGAAAACCACACAGCAGCUGUGAAGGCUCUGGCUUGGUGUCCUUUCCAGAGCAAUUUGCUUACCUCUGGUGGGGGUGGAGCAGACCAAUGCAUAAAAUUCUGGAAUACCCAUACUGGUGCAUGCCUGAACUCAGUGAACACAGGGUCUCAGGUCUGUUCCUUGCUUUGGAGCAAGAAUGAGAGAGAGCUGCUGAGCUCUCAUGGGCUCACUCAAAAUCAGCUAACCCUUUGGAAGUACCCAUCUAUGGUUAAGCUUGCUGAGCUCAGAGGACAUACUUCGAGAGUUCUGUUCAUGGCACAGAGCCCAGAUGGAUGCACCGUAGCAUCUGCAGCUGCUGAUGAAACGCUUAGGUUUUGGAAUGUGUUUGGGGCUCCUGAAGCUGCGAAGCCUGCCCCCAAAAAGGAUCCAUUUUCUAAUAUAACCCACACCUGCAUUAGAUGAAGGAUGUUUAAGUGCUUUUUGCAGAUAAUUACAAGAAAAACAGAUGGCAGCUUCCCCUUUCAAGUUCAGUGGUGUGGUGAUUGAAUUCUCCGCAAUCAAGAAGAUAUUGUAGAGGUGUCUGUAUUGUACACAAGGAAGAAAAGGGAAAAAAUGUUCUUUGAGCCGUCAGGAGUAGGAUGCUCUUUUGUAUUUAGGUUAAAUUUUUUGUAAAUAGAGAGGCAUGAGGAAGAAAGCUUGUAUCUCCAUUGUUAGUGAAGUUGCUCUCAUCUUACUGUGGAUGUAGGGUAUUAAAGUUAUAAGAGGGAAUUCUUUGAAAAUAGAGGGGCAAGAGGAAGAGAGCUUGUAACCCUCAUAGACCUUUUGGGAAGAGGAAACAAGACAUUAUACAUGUUGGAAUGGAAAUAAGGACCGAGUUGAUCAAGAUAACCUGCAAUAGGAAUUUGUUGGCUUUUUUUAGGCACUUUGGAGUGGCUCUUACGAUUACAACAGGUUCAUCAUUAGGAAAUGAAAUAAAAAAGGGUGAGGGUUUGGGCAUGCUAGUGGAUUACUCAGGAACAAAGUACGACAGCUAAUUUUGACCCUUGGAUUUUGUCAAUUUGAUUUAAACCAUUGGAUUCCCCAGGAAUAAAGUGAGCUCCAAACUGCAAAUCCUUUCUGCUGUUGCAGAAUUCAGAGGUUUAGGAACCAUGACCUCAAUAUCAAUGAAGAGAGGUUUUUGUUUUCUCUUCAUUGUUUAGUCUCCUGCUGCUGUAGAGAAAUGGCUGGACUGGUGGAUGGCCAUGAAGCAAUGGGAGAGCAGAGGAAGAGCUUCAGCUGAACAAAGGGAACUCAUAAGACCAGUCAAUAUCAAUAUGACUCUUCCUUAUAGAGAACAGAAUAUUGCAGCCACAACAUGGCACGCAUGGUCUUGCAUCUCCUCUCUUAUAUAUCCCACCAACAGUAUCUCUCUGUUCAUCAGUCCCCCUUCAUGCUUUCUCCUUCUCCGUUUGGAACAAGGCCUGCAAGUACGCUCGGUAUGCCCUCUCCGCGAAAGAGAAGAGAGAAGCUACCCAAUGGCACCACUACAUCCUGUCAGGUAAAACUUGGUCCUUUUAUUUUUUUUCCCUGGUUUUUCUCUACUCUUCCUGGAUUACAAAUAUUAUUCCUCUUUUUCUGAUUUUUUUUUCCCUUUCUCUUCUUGGUUUUUUUACCCACUGAAACCAUUUUUUUUCCUAGUUGUUUAUGUUUUCUCUUUGAUUGAUUCGUAUGACGUGCAGAAGAUGAUGUUGGCUUCGAUUAGGAAUUCAUCCAUGGUUAUUCUGACUGUAAAAUUGAUUCCAUUCUCCCUAGUUUUUUCCUCUGAUUUUGAUCCCCAAAUGCAUUAGUUCCUUCACUCAUUGAUCCAAAUUAUCAAGGGAACUAAUCAUGUCACCAAAAUAAAGGAGGUGGGGGAGAUUACAGGAACUAAUUAUGACAUGAUAUCAAUCCCAGGGGAAGAAGGAAAGAAAUUUGACAUAGAGUGAUAAGUUUCUAGCUGUGGAUUGUGGAUGAGAUCAGUAGUGAUAAAAUUUCUAGCUCAAUUUUAUUUUUGUAAUUUUGUAUCUAAAUUAUAUGGUUAGAAAUAGUAACUAAGGUUUAUUUCUGCAUAGUGGAAGUGAAUAGAAUCAGCAGUUACAUCAUAAAUGUAUAUAGAGUAUUGAUGAUUGAAACAGUGAGUGCAAAAAUUCAUAUUUAAUCUAUAACUUGCAGCUGGCAAGCAUAUUCCUAGAACCCAAGAGAGGAAGUAAGGUUACAUGGAUUGAAUGGAGAAAAAUUCCAUUACUUUCUAGGUUGCACCUCCCUUGUUAGUUACUCUUUUAAGUUGAGCCUUAAGGCCUUGAUGUAUAACACUAUAACCUAAAUAAGAACAAAAGAUACAACCAAGAAGAAAGCCAGAUAAUGCUUCUCUUUGAUUACUCAAAGGCCAUAGUAUAGUCAGAAGGCUCAAACCCCAAAAGAAACCCAAAAGAAACUCAUGUAAAGGAGAAACAAAUGAAAUCAAAACUCUGGGAGCAUGUAGAAAUCCUAAGAAUUGCUCAAUGUUUGGCAUAAAUAACACCAUCUUGGGACCACCAAAAAGAAAAAAGAAGAGAAUCACCAUUGUUUCAGAGAAUAAGAUGGCAAGAUUCUGUAAAUGGAAUACAUUCUCCUUUUCAACAUACUUGGAGGUUCAGUUGAAGUUAUCAAUGAGAAAGUGAAAUGAGCCAAAGGUGGGUCAAGUCAGAAUUGAGCCCUUCCUUCUUGGUUGCGCCCUCAAUGCUAAUGGAGGAAGGAGGGGAAUUCAUAACUGAGACAUCCACAGAGAUGAGUGGGUUGAAGGGUAAAUUAAAAACUGUCAUUUAUGAGCUCCAAACCAAGAAAAGAUCUACUGUAGUUACUGACUUGAGAAAUGUCUUAGACUUAACUACUGAUCAUCAUCAACUGAGACAUCCACAGAGAAGAGUGGGGUUUGAAGGGUUUGAAUUAAAAACUGUCAUUUAUGAGCUCCAAACCAAGAAAAGAUCUACAGCAGUUACUAAACUUGAGAAAUGUCUUAGACUUAAACGGAUAAUCAUCACCUACUUUGUCAAAGAAUUUUUCUCCAAACCAAAAAAUAAUCUCCCCAUCACAUAUUUUACAUUUUAUUUUGGCUGAAAAGAAAGAGAUUUAAUUUAUUUUUUUCAUCAAAUUGCCAGUCAAAACAAAAAUAUAAUUGCUGGCCAGCUGAAGCUAACUAGAACUCCAUACCCUCUUAAGGGCUUUGUUUGGUAUAUCUUGGAGUGAUUUAAAGGAAUUGUGAUUUUCCAAAGCAGAUUUGAUAGUUAUAUCAGUUGGUCUGUAUCAGAUCCACUAAAAAGUCACUACUUUUGGUUUCUAAGCAAAGCCAGUUGAGAUUUAAGUAAGUACCUUGUUUCAGUCACUCCUUGGUUUCUUUCAUGGAUAUGUGUAUGUUGAGUGGCUACUUUUGUUGGCACUUGUCACAGUUUUUGUACAGAUAAGCCCUCUCACUUCUCAUAUUAAAUGGACCAUUGUUGUGUUUUUCUAAUGAUAUUUCAGUCUGGCUUAUAUGCUGAAGGCUCAGGGAUGAUUUUUCUCCUAAAUAUUGUAGUUAAGGAUGGAGGAAGCAUAUUUAUUUAUUGUGACUCAUUGCACUUGUCACCAGUUUUCCAAUUUUGUAUUGUUUUAAGCCUUACUGCCAACUUUCCCCUCAAGUUUUACUUAUGAUAGAGAACUAGCCUAUUUAUGUAUUUGAUGGAUGUCAUCAGUUUCAUUUUGCUAUAAAUGGUCUUCCUUCUGCCCUUAACAUGGUGGUGGCAUUCAUGUUGGACAACACUGUUCUUGGUGAUCGGAAGGAAUGGGGAGUGUACUUGUGGUCAAGUGUUGAAGACUUGACAAAUUACUCAUCUCUCUUGCAGAUUAUUGCCUUCGAAGAAAAUUUGUAUAGCUUUUUUGUUGGCUCAAAUGUCUAUGAACAUGACAUGUCUUGAUAUUUAGCAGCAACCUGUAUAUAUGUUUUGGUGAAAUUGCCACUGUUUACAUAUAGAGUAUUAGGGAGGGUAUAUAUAUCCCAAUUUGUUACACUGUACUUCAUAAAGGAACAAUUUGGUGUUCCUUUCUUACAUGUAAGAACUAAAUGGGUGUUCUCAUUAAAUUGUCAACAUGAAUUUUUUCAGAGAAA